AUGUUAGAAGCUAAAUUUCAACAAUCCUCGUUCUUCAAGAAAAUCAUCGAUGGUUUAAAGGACUGUGUGCAGCUUGUGAACUUUAACUGUUCCGAAAAAGGUAUUGCUGCACAAGCUGUCGACGACUCUCGUGUUUUAUUGGUUUCUCUAGUGGUCACCCCAGAGGCCUUUGAAGAGUACAGAUGCGAUAGAGCUGUCACCCUUGGUGUGGAUUUGAACUCGCUGGGCAAAAUUCUUCGCUGUGGUGCCAAUGAAGAUAGUCUAACUUUGGUUGCGGAGGAUUCGCCUGAUAACAUGCUGGUGCUGUUUGAAGAUACCAAGAGAGAACGUAUUAGUGAGUAUUCUUUGAAGCUUAUGGAAAUCGAUGCGGACUUCCUGGAAAUUGACCAGAUCGAUUACGACACUACCAUUCACAUGCCUUCUGCCGAGUUCGCUAAGAUCAUCAGGGAUUUGAACCAGAUGAGUGACUCUUUGAACGUUGUGGUGACGAAAGAAACCAUCAAGUUCAUUUCAGAGGGUGAUUUUGGUUCUGGAUCUGUCAUAGUAAAGCCCCGUACCGAUGUGGAGAGACCGGAAGACUCCGUCAAGGUUGAACUAGAGAAGCCUGUGGACCUAACUUUCGGUUCUAAAUACCUGCUAGAUAUUAUCAAGGCUGCAUCUUUGUCUGUUUCUAUCACCAUCAAGCUAUCAGCAGAGACCCCAGCGUUGUUCCAGUUUAACCUGGACGGUGCCGGACACCUGCAGUACUUCCUGGCUCCAAAGUUCAACGCGGAGGAGUAA